GAAUUUCCAUAUCGCUGUCUAGUGGCCGAAAUCGCAACGACGCCUUCUAGGUGAAUUCUCUCUAUUGAGUUGGUAUUUUUCAAAAGUUAAAUCGCCUCUUGAGCAGUCAAAAAACGUUACAAGUGUCGCACGUGAAUUUUCAGCGAUAGUUUGAGAACAAUGAAAGAAUUACUGGAUUGCGAUAUAGAAAGUAUACUCUUGAAUAAGCAGAACAACAAUUUCCCGCAUAAUCAAAAGAUAGCCGCUGCUUGUGCCGCAUUUUUUAAUAUUGUAUCAAAUUGCGUCACAAAUGAAAAUGCUUUGAAGCAUGAUUAUGAGGAAAAAAUUCAGAGUAAUACAACAAUUAUCUCAGAUACCUAUAGUCGGAUAACAGAUUUACAAAAUGAGUUGUCAGACAUUGCAUUACAACACCAAGUGUUGGACAAACAAAGGAGUGACAUUUUCAAACGGCACCAAAUUGUCCAAGAAGAGAUAGACGAACAGAGAUCUAAGAAGGAAAGUCUUACCUUUGAAGUAGCGGAACUAGAGAAAGAGUUAGAAGAAUCCAAGGUGAUGAAAAGACUGAAAUGGGAUGGUUUAAAGAGAGCUACUAAAGCCUAUAAGUCAUAUCUUCAAUUUUCGAUUCAAAUAACAGACUCGACAGAAAUUUCUGAUAAAGUUCGCGUAAUUUUCUUCAAACCGGUUAAAACCGACACACCCCAGUAUUUUGUUGACUUGAUUCAUACUUCUGGUUUAUGGAAAGUGGAACUUAUUCACCCUUCUUUGAAAUCAAAAGAUGAAGAGCAAUUGCAAUGUGUGGUAAAUUUUAAAAACCAACGGGCAAUUACCGACAUUACCGCAUUUUUAUGUAUCUUAAGAAAAAUAUUCAAAAAACAGUUGAAUACCUGAAUGUUGGUUUAUAAUUAUCCAAGGGCUUGUGGUAAAAUGGCUGUAGGCGAUAAACCUGGAACAAAAGCGUUUAAUUUUAUCAAGCUCAACAGACGUGCUGACUAUCGGAUUCCUAAGAUCCGUAGUAUGUGAAAAAAAUUAAAACAAUAAACAGUUAAAAGAGUAAAGCCUUUAUUAUUAAAAAUUAGAAUAUCUAUCAAUUGUUUGAUCACAUAUACAGGAUAAAAUAUUAAUUUAUACAUCAGCAUACAAUGGUCGUAUUGAAAUAUAGUGUUGUUGCAUUUGUCCUUAAUGUGUGCACCUUAGCUAUUCCAGGUGAAAUAUGGUUCUACCAAUAUUUGUGAUUGUCGGUUGUUAAGCCGUUGAUAUUUUUCAAGUUGUAACUACUUCAAAUGAGAAUUUACCAAGCGAACAAACCAACUCUUUUAUCUGUAUGUCGCAGCCUGUUUUGCCUCAAAUCACUUCAGUUGCAGGCACGUAUUUUGUACGAUCUACUUCAUGUAGUGAUGAUCAGUGUUAGGUUUGUAGAUCUAAUAUUAGGGGACCACUUUUUUUAGUGUUGUCGUACUUGAUUACAUUUCUUGACGAGUGGUUGUUACCCUCUGAAUAUAACUGAAAACUGUAAAUCACAGCAUAGACAAAUAACAAUUACCUAGAUACUAAAUUA